UUUGCUGUUCUCUAAUCCCAUCUCGGAGAAGCAAUGGAGACGAUGAGCAGGGCGCUGGAGAGGGCUAAGAUGCUGGUGGGCAUGGACGUUGACGAGGAGGCGGCGCAGGAGGAAGCAUCUUCUUCUUCCUUCUUCGAUGACUUCAAUCGCCAGUGCACCCUUUCAACCCAGCAGAGAUUGUAUGGGUUUGCAAUAUGCUUGGUUGCUGGUUUAGCAUGUACUUUACUGUCCAUGCUCGUGUUCUUCAAUCCAAUUAAAUUUGGAAUAACAUUCACCUUCGGCAAUUUGCUCGCACUUGGGAGCACAGCUUUUCUUAUAGGUCCUAAACGUCAAUUAGAUAUGAUGCUUGAUCCUGUUCGAAUAUAUGCUACAGCUAUAUACUUCGCAAGCAUCGUAAUAGCUCUACUUUGUGCUCUUUAUGUUCACAAUAAACUCUUAACACUUUUAGCUAUCAUCUUGGAGUUUGGUGCACUUGUUUGGUACAGUCUUAGCUACAUUCCAUUCGCUCGAUCGAUGGUGACAAAAAUCAUGGUGAGCUGCUUCGAUACCGAGUUCUAAUAAUGUUAGCUUGUUGUCAAAUUUAACGGAUGUGUUUCAUCGAUGAACUUCAUCCCAUCCUUUGGAUCUUGGGAGUGUCAAGCAUGAAGAACAAUUUUAGAUUUACAUCAUCUUUGUUGGUUUGACACUAGCGAAAAAUUCAAGUUUGAUGUACAAAUCUGUGUACUAUUAAUUGGAAAAAUAUAUUUUGCUCAUAUAUAUUGCCCUUCAUUUUCA